CGAUUGAUUGAACUGAUAUUACGUCGUUCGUGUUCAUAUCUUUUGCCUGCUCGCUCUCUCAUACAUCUUUUAUUGACAGUCUGACUAAAUGUGUUUGUGAAUAUUAGUGACCUUUGAAUUGUGCUGAAAAUGUCAAAUAUUCGCACUAAUUCGCCGACCAUAUUUGCUCAUUGUGCUCACUGCAUACACAUCGUGAGACUAAUUUUAAUAAACACACAUACAUAUUUUUCUCCGUUUCGUUUUUUUUUUGUCGUAUACGCUGAACUAUCAUCUAUCGUUGAACCAUUUUUUUUUUCGUUAGUUCGAUCAAUCUUCAUUUCUUUAUCGAUGACAUCUUGAAAUAUCCAGGUAUUUUAUAUAGUCGAAUCCAUCCGAAAGCUUUUAAAGAAAAAAAAGUUAUAAGCGAAAAUAAUGUGGUGGCAGUGCAAAAUUGAACGCCCAACAACGACAGCAAAACAGAAUCAAAUAAGUGUGUAAAUAUUUUUUUUGUCGAUCAAAUUUCGGGAGUAGAGUGCGAGUUUGUCAGCUAAUAUCAAAGGCCUCAAAAUAUAUAUAUAUAUAUAUCUAGUUUAGUUUACGGUGUGUUCCGUUUUUGUGUGGAGACAUUGUGCAACAUUUGUUGUUGUUUUUCUUUUUCGUUUUGCUCUCGAUAUUUUUGUUUCUCUUCAAAACAAGUGGAUAAGAUUAUCAUCAAAAAAAUAAAUGUGUGCGUGAGUGUGAAAUAAUGGCAUUUUGUACACAUCAAUGUGGAAAAGCUCAUAAUCCACAGAUAGAGAGACAUUAAAGAGAAAAAGAGAGAAUACGAUUGAAUUGAGCCAACAGUGAACGGAUAAAUUUGCAAUAAUUUAAGCAGCUGCCGAUGGAAAUCAGCCGAAACGGUUAAGGAUAAUAAUCAAAGCAACAAAAAUAUAAAUAUUUUCGACGGCUAACCCAACACGUACAUAGCGAGCCGUAGAAAGACACGCAUGGAGCAAUGUGUUUAGUUAUCUGAAGCAAAGAAAGCGCACACAUCGAACCAAAAUUCAAGUGAUAGAUAGAAAGAGAGUGAGUGAGAGAGAGAGAGGAGACAAAAAGAACGAAAACAACCACCAGUGACAAUUCAGAGCUCACACAGCGUAUAACUGUGUAUGAUGGUACUUUGCGCGUUGUGACAAAAGCAAAGGAGGCAAAAAAAUAAAUAAAUAAAAUAAAACACAAAGCAAAAGAGAGAGACACACAGUAUUUUCAACGACAACAAGAUAAGAGCAAAUAAAAAUUUAUUACGACAAUUAGUCGACAUCGAACAAAAUUCGGCUGCAGCAGAUUGUCUACGUUCAUACGGAAUUCAAGCAUCGAAUGUAACGCUUGAUUGAGUUUCACAUCGUCAAUACAAUAUUCGCCCGAAACACAUUAUACUAAUUUUUCUCAUCGUGCAUCUAAUAAAAAGUAACAGUUGCGACCCAUUUCCAAUAAGAAAUUCUUGAAUACCGUGCGUGUUUGCGUCCGUGCAUUUGCCUUUGUGUACACAAACGAUAUAUACAAUAUAUAUACUACUAGUACUUUACAAAAUUUGAAGAGGGAAAAAAGAAAACAAUUUUGUCGCAUAUGGAGUCUUGUACAAUCAAUCAAAUUGUCGUCGCAUUAGCAACCAACACUCUCCGGCUAUCGAAAUUAAAAAACACACAUAUUUGCUUCGUCUCAACAUUUAUUUAACAAUAACCGCUUUUAUUUUCUUCGGUUCAGUUUUUUUUUUAAUUUUCGUUCGUUCGCAUUUUUUUUUUUGUUUAUCAAUCAAAUUUAUUUUCAAAAAAUAUUACAAUAUCGGAUUUAGAUCGGUUUUAUUUCGAAUGUGUGAAUGAGAUUCGGGUGCCAAAUUCACACUCUGCUUAGCUGCUUUUCUGUUGUUAUUGUACGAUUUUGUUUUGUAUUUCUAUUUCUUUUGUUCAUUGAAUCCAUCAAAACAUAUAAAUAAUAAUAACAACAACAAACACCAAACACUGUGUGUAUUGUAAUUAAACAGAAAACGACUAGAUAAAUAAUUUUGUUCAUACAUACGGUGUACUACAAUCGAUAAAAUAGCCGACACAAUGAGAGUGGUUGCAAUGGUGAGUGGGGGCAAAGACAGCUCCUACAACAUGAUGAAAUGUGUUGCCGAGGGUCAUGAGAUCGUCGCUCUGGCAAAUCUACAUCCCAAAGACAAAGAUGAACUAGACAGCUAUAUGUAUCAAACAGUUGGACACAUGGGCAUUACAAAGCUUGCCGAAGCGAUGGAAUUGCCAUUGUAUCGCAUGGAAACAAAGGGACAAUCGACUCAAACGGGAAAAUACUAUGUGCCAACUGAUGACGAUGAAGUCGAAGACCUUUACAACCUAUUGAAAAUGACCAAAGAUGAAGUGAAUGUUGAGGCCGUUGCAGUUGGUGCUAUAUUUUCUGAUUACCAGAGAAUUCGCGUGGAAAAUGUUUGUAUGCGCUUGAAUUUGGUGCCGCUCGCAUAUUUAUGGAGGAGAGAUCAGACUGAACUGCUGCAAGAGAUGAUAGAUUGUCAAGUUCAUUCAAUAAUAAUUAAGGUUGCAUCGUUAGGUUUAGUGCCAGAUCGUCAUUUAGGCAAAUCUUUGCGUGAACUUCAACCACAUCUCGAAAAGAUGAGAGAAAAAUACGGGUUGAAUGUAUGCGGUGAGGGAGGCGAAUAUGAAUCGUUUACCUUAAAUUGUCCACUAUUCAAGCAACAAAUUUGCAUCGAGGAUUUUCAGACGAUAAUCAGUUCAUCGGAUCCGGUGUGUCCGGUGGGAUAUAUAAAUUUCACGAAAUUGCGUUUAAUGGCAAAAUCUCGAGAAAAUGAAGCAGAAGUUGUGGUCAAAAAGUCAAUUGACUACAUAAGCGAUUUGAAUGAAUCGAGCUACAGUGACCUAAGCGAUCCGGAUUUGAGUGAAACCGAAUUGGAACACAUCGAAAUGGAAAAUCGAAUGAAAGAAUCGAUGAGCAAAGAAGAAAUUGCAAUUCUGUCACGAAGCAAUAGUUUGAGCCAAAGUGGUUCAUUAUUAUCGUCUCCAGUUCGAAUAAUUACGAAAAAACUGGUUGGUUCGGACGAAGAAUCUUCGGUGAAUGGUGGUGCCAGUGGUAGUUAUGCCACAAGAAAUGGUUUGCUUGAUGUAAACACAAACGAUGUGACCGACGGUUUGGCAUCAAAAAAUUUAACAUUAAAUUACGAUAUUGAACAACGACCGAUUGAAAAUAAGCCAAAUAUUGGUAUUAAUCCACGUGGUUGGAUGUGGAUUGCUGGAAUUCAAGGUGUUGGUGCCACAUCAGCGGAGGGAAUGCAAAAUGCUAUCGAUGCUCUUGUGAAAAUAGUUACUGAAAAUGGCUAUGAACUCAACAAUCUGUGUUAUAUUUCGUUGUACGUGCGCAGCAUGAAUGAUUAUGCUGAACUCAAUGACGUGUAUGUGAAGGCUUUCAAUUUUCAAAAUCCACCAUCACGCGUGUGCAUUGAGAGUCCACUUCCCGAUGGUUUGCAGGUGAUAAUGGAAGGCGUUGCAUUCAAACCACGAAACAGUGACAUCAACAAUCAACGCCAUACGAUGCAUGUACAAAGUAUUUCACAUUGGGCACCAGCCAAUAUUGGUCCAUACAGUCAAUCGACACGAGUCGGUGAAAUUACAUACAUUGCAGGUCAAAUUGCGCUUGUACCAGGUAGCAUGACGAUCAUCGAUGGUGGAAUUCGCCCUCAAUGCAAAUUAGCAUUACGACACAUUUCACGAAUUGCUAAAGCAAUGAACACACACGGACAAUUACGAGAUAUAGUACAGGGAAUUUGUUUUGUAACAAAUCCAAACCAUAUAGCCGAAGCGCGACGCCAAUUGGAACGUCGAACGACCAAUGCAAUUAUGGAUUAUAUUGUGGUGCCGGCAUUGCCACGAAAAGCACUGGUUGAAUGGCAAGUUUGGGCUCAUUCACACAACGACAAAUUCGACUACGAGGAAACUGGUUGUUCUGUUGGAGAUUACACGGUAUCUAGCCGACGUCGUUGGAACUAUGAGAAUAAUUGUGCAGCUAUUGUGUGUUAUGUUUCAACGGGUUUGGCGACAUCAUCAACUCAAUUGACCGAUUUAUCCGAUGACAUUAUCCAAAGACAUCAAAAACUAGCCAUUGGUCUUACCGUUGAUAAUGUCAACGACAUUCUCCAAUAUAUUGUAAAUAAAUUGCUUAAAUCCAAUGGUGUUCCAUCGGCGGAUUCAGCACAAAAGCAAUCAUCAUCAAAUCCAAGCAAUACUGGACUACCAGCCAUACAUUUGAAAGUAUUCUAUCAAGUCAGUGCAACGCCACCGAUUGGUCUCCUGACACGUUCAAUUGCCGAAUUCGCCGAACGAAUCAGUAAUCUAACAUCGAUAGCAUUCUCCGUAUUGCCGGCGAGCAGUUUGCACAAUUUCAGUACAUUUUUAUCGAUUUAUGGCAUUCGACAUUUAUAAUAGUUAUUAAGAGCAAAACAAUCAGAGCGUUACUAAAAAAACAUACCAAAUAAAUUUCGAGCGUUGCUUUUCAUAUUUGUCAUGCCACCAAGAUGGGAGAGAAAAGAGUUGCUGGCCAGUGAUAAGCGCUCUUCAAUGAUUUUCAUUGUGAAUGGA